GCUAAGAGCCCACCCCAAUUUUCAAAGCGGACCACCACCGCCGCUCUCCCCGAGGCACUAAGUGUGCUCCAACUCCAAUUUUGCGUCCCACUCGGGGCUCUCGGAUUGAUCCAUCGCAGUGAAUGAGAGAGCUUCAAGCAUUUCCUCCCAUGCCUCUAGAUCCCCGCAUCACCUCAUUGUUUUCUCACUCUCUCACUCUCUCUCGCUCGCUCUAUCGCUUAUUUAGUAGGCCGAUUUAUGACGUAUUUCACAGUUUUUUUCCUUGAGCAACUUGUUGAUAUAUUGUCUUCAUAUAAUAUUGCGUUCGGGACUUGUUGCUGGAAUUCACUUGGCUGCACAUUCUUCUCGAUCUCCGGGGUUAACCAGGGUUAUGGAGCUCUUGUUUUCAUAGAGUGAUGUUGGAUUUUGGUGUUGGUACAGUCCUUCUAGUGAGUGCGAGGGGAUUCGUGAUUGCGGCUGGGCGCUGUGGUGGUGUUCGCAUUGCCGUGUGUUCCUGCUCUUCGCAAUUUGGAUUUUCCUUCGGGUAGUUGGGAUUGGUCGUAAGUUUGGAGUGUAGGUGUUGCUCUUCGGGAGGGAGUUAGUGUGCUUGGUGUUUGAAUUCUGUGAGAGUACUCUCUACGCUGGUUGAUUGGUAAUUGGGAAGACAAAUUUAGCUAGUUGAUCAUCAAGACGACAAUGACAGACAUCGAGGCUUGUUACAUGGGUGGUCCUGCCCCCCCAUGGCUGGAUAAGAAUGCAUGGUACAUCCCUGUGCAAGUUAAAAAGGAGUAUGCAGACAAAAUGCCAAGGAUUGGGUUGCACAAAGUUGAACUGAAGGUGCAUAUGUGUUGCGCCAAAUGCGCCGAGAUAGUGACCGAAGAAAUCAGAUAUUUAGGAGGAGUGUUUGAUGUGAAGGUUGACCAGAAGAAUUCCAAGGUCACUGUCACCGGAAGACCAGAUCCUGAAAAAUGUCUGAGGAGAGCAAAAAGAGUGGACAAGCAUGCAACGUUUUGGCCAGCGCCACCUCCUCCACCCCCCGUAGUGGUAGUGGUGCAAGAGAAGCCCAAAGAACCAGAGAAGCCCCAUGCGGAUGAGGAGAAAAAGGAAGAGAAAAAGGAAGAGAAAAAAGUGGAGAAGAAGGAAAUGAAGGAGGAGCCAAAGGAAGGAAAGAAGAAGAACAAGAAAAAACAGGGAGAGAAAAAAGAAGAGGCAAAGGAGGAAAAAAAAGAGGAGAAGAAAGAGGAGGUGAAGGAGGAAAAAAAAGAAGAAAAGAAGGCUGAAGGUGAGGCCAAAGCUGAGGAGGAGCCCAAAGAAGAAGAGAAGAAGGAGGAAAAACCCGCUGAAGCAGAAAAGACAGAAGAGAAGAAGGCUGAGGAGAAACCGAAGGAAGAACCCGCGCCAUCUGCACCAGCAGCGGCAGCAGUGCAGUAUCAGCCCUCUGAGUAUUCAACAGACGAGGGGUAUCCAUUUGACGGAUACAAGCCGAGCCAAUCUUACCAGCCUCUCUACCCCGAUUUUAAUCAUGUGGGAUACUAUAGCCCACAAGUCCCGUUCCUCAAUCCCAACUAUUUUAAGCAUGUCAAGAUUGCAUAUUGAGUUUGCCAUGAACUAUUAUACUUUCAGUUGAUGAAAAUUGCCGAAGUAUACAGGACUGAUAAGUAUGACUCAGCUGCAUGCAUAUUGUGGUUCUGAGGCAUCAUUAAUUUACAGUACUAGAUAACUGUAGUGUAGGGUCUAUUGUUCGGAGAAUCAUAGCUCUACGCUUUUCAUACUGCGGGGAGUAGAAAGUCAGGACUUUCAUUUUCCCUUUUCACGGAAAUUUAAGUUAAGUUAUCUCCUAGCAGUGCACAUAGAGAGAGGUGGUGCUAGUAGCGAUAUUUCUACGAAUCAAAUGUAUGUGGUUCGUGGUGGAUCUCAACAAAACAUUUGCAAUUACAGUGCAGAGCACGACAAUGUCCCCUAAAAAAUAAUUGUGAGGACUCAAAAUUGGUUAAUCAUUCUAGCUCUUUACUUA